AUGGUCUAUAAAGCUGUUAGGGAUAAAGAUGGAAAUCUGACUGCGACUAGAAAGAACAUAGCUAAUUUAAGCUUACGAAUUAACUCUUUCGAAGAAAUUGCUUCAAUGGAGAUAUUGAUAAUUGGUAUAGAAGAAAGAGGAUAUACAGUGCAUAGUCAUCUAAAAUAUUUAUUUUUUUGUCACACUAAUUUGGUUAAGAAUGCAAGACAUUUUCCAGAAAUGGUUCUAAUUAAUGCUACUUAUAAGACAAAUGUUUAUAAGUUGCUAUUUGUAAACUUUGUUGAUAUCAGUAAUCUUGAAGUUAGUAAGUUACAAACCUUCGAUAUUGCUAGAGCUUGGAUUUCAGACGAAUCAGAAAAGUCAUAUAUUUGGAUUGUUAAACAGCUUGCCUCCCUUGUAUUUUUUGAUGUUAUUCCUUUCAUAUUUGUAAUUGACAAUGAAGCUGCACUUAUUGGUGCUCUUAGAAGAAUUUUUCCUAAAGUUGAAAAUCUUUUGUGCACUUGGCACGUCUUGAAUAAUUUUAAAAAACAUUUGAAAAAAUAUUUCAACGAUGAUUUACUAUAUGAAAUUAUUAAGACUAUGGAUUCUUUUAUCAACUCAAGGGACUAUGAGACAUUAAAUUCUGCGAUUACUGAUUACAAGAAACUAGCAGCAUUAAGUUUAAACGCGGAUAAAGUAAUCAAAUAUCUUGACAG